GUGCGCUGAGUUGCGGUGAUUUUCCACCAUGACUCUGGGCGGUUAUCUGUUGCCCUGGAGCCGGAUCCUGCCUCCAGUGAGUGCUGAGCGGCUGCGGGAGCUGCACACCGACCCCGGAGCUGGAGCACCGAGACCCCAGGUACAAAGAUGUCCAACAAGGAAAAACUGCAGUGUUUGAAAGACUUCCACAAAGACAUCCUGAAGCCGUUUCCAGGGAAGAGUCCAGGGACGCGUCCUGAGGAUGAGGCGGACGGGAAGCCCCCGCAGAGGGAGAAGUGGGCCAGUAAGAUUGACUUCCUGCUGUCAGUGGCCGGAGGCUUUAUUGGUCUGGGCAACGUAUGGAGAUUCCCGUACCUCUGCUACAAGAACGGUGGAGGUGCCUUUUUGAUCCCCUAUUUCAUCUUCCUCUUCGGGGGCGGUUUACCUGUGUUCUUCCUGGAGGUUGUUUUGGGACAGUUUACAUCGGAGGGUGGAAUCACCUGCUGGGAGAAGAUCUGUCCAAUCUUCACAGGAAUCGGUUAUGCCUCCGUCAUCAUCGUGUCCCUCCUCAACGUCUAUUACAUCGUUAUCCUGGCCUGGGGGGUCUAUUACUUGUUCCAGUCUUUCCAAAGUCAGCUGCCAUGGGCCCUGUGUCACCAGUCAUGGAACACCGAGAACUGCGUCGAGGACACGUUCCGGAAGAACCAGACCAUGUGGUUCUCGCUGAACGCCACAAACUUCACCUCGCCGGUGACAGAGUUCUGGGAGAAUAAAGUUCUUAGCUUAUCAAAGGGAAUUGAUGAUGUUGGUGUCUUGAAGUGGGACCUGGCGCUGUGCCUCCUGCUCACUUGGGUCAUCUGUUUUUUCUGUAUAUGGAAAGGUGUCCACUCCACCGGGAAGGUGGUAUAUUUCACAGCCACGUUUCCAUUCAUUAUGCUUAUUGUGUUGCUGAUCCGCGGGGUCACCCUACCCGGAGCUUCGGAAGGGAUCAAAUUUUAUCUUUACCCAGACGUCAGCCGCUUAGGAGACCCUCAGGUCUGGAUUGAUGCUGGCACCCAAAUUUUCUUUUCCUACGCCAUCUGUCUGGGAGCCAUGACGUCUCUGGGGAGUUACAACAAGUACAAGUACAACUGCUAUAGGGACUGUUUGCUGCUGGGAUGCCUCAACAGCGGUACCAGUUUUGUGUCUGGCUUCGCAAUUUUUUCCGUCCUGGGCUUCAUGGCACAAGAGCAAGGGGUGGACAUUGCUGAUGUAGCAGAGUCAGGUCCUGGCUUGGCGUUCAUUGCAUACCCCAAAGCUGUCUCUAUGAUGCCUCUGCCCACUUUCUGGGCAAUACUCUUCUUCGUAAUGCUUUUGUUGCUUGGACUAGAUAGCCAGUUUGUUGAAGUUGAAGGACAGAUCACGUCCUUAGUUGAUCUGUACCCGUCCUUCCUACGGAAGGGACACAGGCGAGAGAUCUUCAUCGCUAUUGUGUGUAUCCUCAGCUAUCUUCUGGGGUUAACUAUGGUCACAGAAGGUGGCAUGUACGUAUUCCAACUUUUUGACUACUAUGCAGCAAGUGGUGUCUGCCUCCUGUGGGUUGCAUUCUUUGAAUGUAUUGCUGUAGCCUGGGUUUAUGGCGCUGAUAAAUUCUAUGACAAUAUUGAGGAUAUGAUUGGCUACCGACCAGGGCCAUGGAUGAAGUGGAGCUGGUGUGUGAUCACUCCUCUGCUCUGUUUGGGGUGCUUCAUCUUCUCGUUAGCCAAAUAUACCCCCCUGACGUACAACAAGUAUUACACAUAUCCAGACUGGGCCAUUGGGCUGGGCUGGUUCCUAGCUCUGUCCUCCAUGAUGUGUAUCCCCUUGGUCAUGGUGUAUAAAAUUAUGCGCUCAGAAGGAUCACUAAUCGAGAGGAUUAAGUUGGUGAAGGCUCCAAGGGAGAUUAAUCGCUGGGCCAAGGAAUCUGAGGGUUCUACACCUUUCUGCCCAAAUAGCGGCCACAUGAAGCCCACACACGUCAUUGUGGAGACCAUGAUGUGACCCAGUGUCCAUCCACCCUCACAUACUCCAUUCGGAAGUUUACUAACCCUCUCCUUAGAGUCAGGUUUAUGGAGAUGUCUAUUUGCACUAGAUUUCUGAUUGUCGGCUCUCGUAGAGAACGUUGUAUAUUAUGUGAGCGCAUGUGCGUAUUUUGUAUAAUUUUAUAAUGAGCCCCCGAUCUCUCUGUGCAGAGACGGACUCAUCACCAGGAGAUUUUAAACGGUGAAUUUUUAUAUAGUUCAAUUUUAAUGAUCUUUUAUCUCUGGUAUCUACCUCCAGUCCAUGACCACAAUGCUUUCUUCUCGGCAGAGGUCUACAGGCCGCUCUGCUCCAGCUGCAGGAAAGACACAGGUCCAGCUUAGGGAGUAUUCAGAUGGUGCGGUUGGGUGCAGGUUCUGUUGUGGUUUUUGCAGGUGAAACACAUUUAUUUCACUCAUAAAACCACUUGAAAACUCAUCAGCUGGUAACACAGCAGUAAAACCACAUGCGUUUUUUUUCCAGUGGCUCCAAGAAGGCAUCAAAACCACAGCACAAAAACCAAUUCUAAGGUCAUGCUUUCCUCAGCCCCUAUGGCAGGCAUGGCCAACCUGUGGCUCUCAAGCUGUUGUAAAACUAAAACUCCCACCAUCCUCUUCAGUAGGCUGAUAGCUGUAGGCAGUUUUGCAACAUCUGAAGAACUUCAGGUUGGCCAUCCCUGCCCUAUUUAGUGCAGUCAGCAGUUUAGCAUGGUUAAACCAGCUGCCUGACUCUCUCAACAUGUUUAGUUAAGUCAUCAGGCACUUAGACCUUUCCAUUCACCUUCCAGUCUUUUCUAUCAUUCAUUCGGGGAAGAUUUGUUGCAGAAAUUUCUGCAAAUGAAAAACAGUUCCAUACGUAUGAAUGGGUUUAUUUUUGCAACUGAUCUGCCUCAUCUAAAAUCAUCAUUAUGAUUUUAUUUUUUUCACCUCUGACAACUGGGUCUUUGGUUGUCAGCGCGUUCCUGGUCUGCAGUGGUUUUCCGUUUACCGAGGAUCAAUCUAUACAGAGAGGCCUAAUGUAUUAUCUGCUGCACAUCACAACCACCCCCUUGCUAAUCCCUUGUGGCAGGAGUGCUGCCAUUAGGGAUGGGGGUGAUAACCAGUGUGAGCCGUGGCCCCAUAUCUGUCUGUACACGUCUAACCAUUUCCAGUAACAGCACUGCCACCCGCUUGGCCGUCGCCUCCACUUUCACUGGUCAGUAAGCCAACAUGUUACAAGUUAUAAAAUUAAAAAAAAUGAAUGCAGAAAAGUAUAGAAAAAAAAUCUGCACAAAAAAAUAAUCUUACCGUACAAAUAUCAGGCCAUAUCACAUGACAAUGAACCUUCUAAGAUUCAGCGUUAACCCCUCCCAUGCUGACAGGGGUGGAAUGCAUUUCCUGUAUAGACUGCACCACUGACUUCGCUGUUCUAUCCUGUAACUUUAGAGGCUUUUGUAAUUGACUUCAUUAAUAAACUGAUUAAAAUCA